GGCCAAGCAGCCUGGAUGGACCACAGCUUUGCAUCUGCUCCUCCACAGAUGCAGCCACACAGAGCUCCAGCUCCCAGAAGUCCCUUCUCCCGCGGCCACAUGCCAGGACCCCAUGCCUACUCCUCAAGGCUGCCUGCAGGGGUGUCCUCCCUCAUGCCUGUCCUCAAGAAGACGGUCCAUCUGGAUGCCUUCUCCCACAGCCCUGUCUUACAGGCUGUCAGCCAGCCAGGCCUUAGAGCCAGGACCCGGAGCAUGCCUCCACAAGAGGCUGCCAUUGCCCCAAGGGUGGCCAUAAGUCCCCUGCCUGCCAAUAGCCUUAUGCCCAGGAAACUCAGCUCCAUCUCCUUAACUAUCCGCCAGAGCAUCCAGGCACGGACCGUGGACCCUGCUCAUUCUCACUGUGCAAAGCUGCCCGUUCUGGGUAAGGAGCCUCCUGUCCACGCAGGAAGGCAGUCCAGCCCGAGCUCCCCGCCCAUGGCCCUAGUGCCAGAGCCAGGGGCCUCCUCUGAGCACCCUGGGAACCCAGGUCUUCUCAAAUCCGGCAAGAGGCCCACAGGGGAGAAGCCCCUGGUGAGUUCAUACCUGGCCUUACCUUUCCAACCUCGGCUCACCCAGAGCUCACCGAGCCUUGCAAGGCCAGACACGGUGGGUCAAGGACCCAACAGAUCCUCUCCAGGAAGAGGCAGGCUCUGGUCCAGGGGUAUCCCCAGACCCCGGGGAUGUCUACAAAGGGCUUCUCCUGUUAUGAAUCUGUCUGCUGUGGGCACAAAACCAGACAUAGCCAGAAACUUAGGCACCAUGGCCACCAGCAGACCUGGGUUGUCUGUUAAUACAGCUGCACCAAACACAUGCAGACUGGUCACAGGUAAAGCGUUUCCUGAUCUGGAUGCCAAGCUGGGUACAGACAUGGGCUUACCUACAUCAACCAAGUCAGCAAAAUCCAUGAACUUGGCUGUCCCGGGCACACUCGAACCCAGCACAGACAUGAAUUUGACUCGAGCAGAGCUGAUCAAGCCAGGCAAGGGUACGGAUUUGGCAUUCACAGACCCGCACAAGCCGGGAGAAGUCACAGUUACUGCGGGCAUCACCACGGCUGAACUGACCGCAGGGAGCACAGCAAAGGUUUUGGUGACACCAGGCCCAGUCAGGCUGAGCACGACCAGGUCGGACACAACCACGGCUUUGGUUGGUGUAAAUACAGCCGAGUCUGGCACAACUGCGGAUUCUCCUGCACGGAACACAAGCAGGUUGAACAUAACCGGGGAUUCGGUCGUGAUAGUCUUCCCAGACCCAGCCACCAGUGACACCAAGCUGGACAGCGCCAGUUACCCAGCCACAUCAGAGAUUUCUACCUACCCGCUAAGGCCAAGCAGAAGCACAGAUCCAGCCCAGGACUGGGCCGCCACGGGUUCCGUUACAGACAGAGCCAUAGAGCCUGCCAUGCUGGACCUGGCCGGAGAAUCCAAAGACAAAUGUAAGAGCUUGUUUGGGGGGCUCCCCGAGACCAGGACGGACGCAGCCAUGUCAGAGCUGGUGCCCGAGCCCAGGCCGAAGCCGGCAGUGCCCAUGAAGCCGGUCAGCAUCAACUCCAGCCUGCUGGGCUACAUCGGCAUCGACACCAUUAUUGAGCAGAUGCGCAGGAAGACCAUGAAGACCGGUUUUGACUUCAACAUCAUGGUCGUUGGCCAGAGUGGACUGGGCAAGUCGACGCUGGUCAACACGCUCUUCAAGUCUCAGGUGAGCCGCAAGUCCUCCAGCUGGAACCGGGAGGAGAAGAUCCCCAAGACGGUGGAGAUCAAGGCCAUUGGGCACGUGAUAGAGGAAGGUGGAGUCAAAAUGAAGCUGACCGUCAUCGAUACCCCAGGCUUUGGAGACCAGAUCAACAAUGAAAACUGCUGGGAGCCCAUAGAGAAGUACGUCAACGAGCAGUACGAGAAGUUUCUGAAGGAGGAGGUGAACAUCUCCAGGAAGAAGCGCAUCCCUGACACUCGCGUGCACUGCUGCCUCUACUUCGUCUCUCCCACGGGCCACUCCUUGCGACCUCUUGACCUCGAGUUCAUGAAGCACCUCAGCAAAGUGGUGAACAUCAUCCCUGUCAUCGCCAAGGCCGACACCAUGACUCUGGAGGAGAAGUCUGAAUUCAAGCAGAGGGUUCGCAAAGAGCUUGAAGUAAAUGGCAUUGAAUUCUACCCCCAGAAGGAAUUUGAUGAGGAUUUGGAAGACAAGACAGAGAACGACAAAAUCAGGCAGGAGAGCAUGCCUUUUGCUGUGGUGGGAAGUGACAAGGAGUACCAAGUGAAUGGCAAGAGGGUCCUCGGCAGAAAAACUCCUUGGGGGAUCAUUGAAGUGGAAAACCUCAACCAUUGUGAGUUUGCCCUGCUUCGAGACUUUGUCAUCAGGACCCACCUCCAGGACCUCAAGGAAGUGACGCACAACAUCCACUACGAGACGUACAGAGCCAAACGGCUCAACGACAGCGGAGGCCUCCCUCCGGGAGAAGGCCUCCUGGGCACUGCCCUUCCACCUGUGCCAGCCACCCCCUGCCCCACUGCUGAAUGAAGGCCAUUUCAAGCGCUGCUUCUCCCUCCAUUCCUCUCAGCUGUCACUGCUGCAGGGUCAGGCACCUUUUAGUGCUGUGCUUCUCCCGCCUGCCACCAGAGCCCCUCUCAGCCCUCAGCAGGUAGGGGAGCCAGCCGCCUCUUUAGGACAUUUUCUCCCAACCACUCCUCCCAGUGGAUUGGAGCGCCUGCCAGCACUGCCAUGCUCCCUCGUCUCUGCCCGCCACCCCAGCCCAUCUGUAGGGAGAAAGAACUCGCCAAGAGCUUCUUGUGCCCUUGCAGACCCAUGCAGUUCCUUGUAAUCAUCACUGAGGGCAGCAAGAUUGCUCCUUACCUGCCCAUUCAUCUGCAUGAGCUGCUCUUGGCUUCUUCAGAGGCCAAGAAAGCAACUUCUCUGCUUGUCAGGAUUCACUGAGGUCAGCCAUGUGAGCCCCUGUGUGGGACAAGGGUGUCUCCUUCACUGCUUAAAGGUAUUUACAAGGGUGAGUCACUAGAGAUGUUGGGGAGUAAGGGCGAGCAUCACUUUCAAACAAAAUCACCACCAGUGGCUGGCCUAGUAUGUAAGUAUAUACCCACCCUAGCACCCCCCGCCCCCAGUUAGGCAGCCACUUGGGAAGAGUGGUUUCGCUGGACACUGCUGGAGUUGGAUUUCUUAUCCCCAAACUGAAAAAAAAAAAUUAAAAAGUGAGCCAAGCACACACAAGAAGUUCCUAACCUCCACACUCGAGGAAGAACAAUGACAUCCUUCUGUACACUUAGCAAUAAGAGGGAUCUCUCCCCAUCCACCCUGACUUUUCUUAGCCCAUCCCCUCACCCUGGUAAUGUGAGUGCUGCAUUAGCCUGACCACAGGUGGUCGCCGGAGGCUAAUGGAAACUACCCAGUGGAGGUCCAAGCCCCUAACUAGAUGCAUGAAUGUUUGCGAAUGACGGCUGCCACUGCCCCAUGCUCCGUGUCUUUAUAGAACCGUCCUGUACCCGCCCCAACCCCCAUCUCCACCUGCACACAACUUGCUCAGAGGCUGGGAACUGUGGGCCAAUCGUCUAUAACCAAGUCCUGAUGGAUCAAGAGGCCCAAGCCUAGGGGAUGCCAGAACGACCCGUUUCUUCAAUGUGACCAGUCCCAGCCAAUCUUUUGGUGACAUUCUGGUUCAGUUUCCCCAAAUGAAAACAAGCCAACAGACAUUCAAACUGGUCGUGUAAAUGUCGCUAGACUGUCUGUGUUGUACAACUAAACAUUGCUGUUUGAACAAUA